AUAAUAUCUGAAGUGUAGAUUGUGCACCAGCAUAUUUAUAUAAAGGACCGUGGACGAACAUUUGUGCACUUUUUGUUCUCUACAGAAGUUGUAAGACAAAAAGAUCGCAGGAUGUGGAAUGCAAUUUUUGGAAGCUCUGACACUCCGGCUCCAACAGCUUUGGAGGUAACUUUUUCACUAAAUGGAAAUCAAGUGACAGUUGGAAGCGAGACGGCCGAAGGGACAACCCUGAACACGUAUAUUCGCAAUGUGGCGAAACUGACGGGCACAAAGUUCAUGUGCGUCGAGGGCGGGUGCGGGGCGUGCUUGGUGGCCGCCACAGUCGAGCACCCUGUCACCAAGGUCAAGGAGACUUUUUCCGUCAACUCAUGCUUGGUGCCUGUGUUUGCGUGUCACGGAUGGGAAAUCCUGACGGUCGAGGGAAUCGGCAGCAAACGCAAUGGCUUCCACCCUGUGCAGGCCAACUUGGCCCAAUUCAACGGUACCCAGUGCGGAUUCUGCUCACCCGGCAUGGUCAUGAACAUGUACAGCUUGGUUGCCGGUGGCAAAACGCCCACCAUGGCUGAGGUUGAAAACUCAUUUGGUGGCAAUAUCUGCCGGUGCACUGGAUAUCGUCCUAUUCUGGAUGCCUUCAAGGCCCUCGCAAGUGACGCUCCGCCAACCAUGAAGAAGCAGUGUUCUGAUAUCGAGGACAUGUACAAGAUUUGCAAAAAGACCGGACAGGCGUGCUCUGGGUCGUGCAAAAAAGAGGAGAUUUCCAAGUCGGUGAAAAUCGCGACGGCCAAUUGGUACAAAGUGGCCACCCUGGCCGAACUGUUCGGUGUGAUCGGCUCGCUGGGCACGACGAUUUACCAGUUGUCGGCGGGCAACACGGCUGAGGGCGUCUAUCGCCACUACAACCGCCAGUUCGACGCCCGCGUCGACGUCAAGGACGUGCCCGACCUGCGCGCAAUCAAUACCACCGGCGGCUUCACCGUCGGCGCCAACGUGACCCUGACCGAGGCCAUCGCCGCCUUCAAGGCCCAGGCGGCCACCGCCGGCUACGCGUACCUCACCGAGCUGGCCAACCACCUUGACCUCGUCGCAAACACCCCCGUCAGAAAUGUCGGAACCCUGGCUGGAAACUUGGUGCUGAAAAAAGACCACAAUGAAUUCCCGUCAGACGUUUUUGUCAUUCUGGAGGCUGUAGGCGCCACUCUUAAUAUCUUGUCAAACCCAACUACAUCUGCCAACGUGACUUUGACUGAUUUCCUCACAUAUGAUUUGAAAGGAAAAGUCAUCUUGAAUAUAUCAUUCCCCGCUUUUGAAGAAAACCAUCGCUUCAAGUCGUUCAAGAUUAUGCCCAGAAAGCAAAACGCCCAUGCGUAUGUGAGCGCCGGAUUCCGCAUCAGAGUUGCGGACACAACCAACUGGAAUGUCAAUGAACAGCCGCGCAUCGUCUUCGCUGGGAUCAACCCAACAUUUAGCCACGCAACCAACACUGAAAACUACUUGGUGGGCAGAAAUUUGCUUGACGCCUCCACCGUGCUCGGAGCUAUUGCAAUUUUGGCGUCAGAACUUGUGCCCGACAACCAGCCCGAGGAUGCCAGUCCCGAGUACAGAAAACUAGUGGCCCAGGGGGUGUUCUACAAGUUCCUGCUUGGUCUCGAUCCUAACAGGGUCAUUGCGGCAAAGCGUUCCGGAGCUGAAAACCUGAUCCGGCCGUUAUCCUCCGGCAAACAGGACUUUGAGACCAACGAGAGUGUUUUUCCCCUGAACGAGCCGAUCCCAAAACUGGAGGCCGCGGCCCAAACGGCCGGAGAGGCCGAGUACAUCAACGACAUGCCCGAGAGGCCGGGCGAGCUGCACGGGGCCUUCGUACUGACCAAGCAGGCCACGGGCACCAUCGCCUCCAUCGACGACUCGGCCGCCCUCGCCACCGAAGGGGUGGUCGCCUUCUUCAAGGCCUCCGACAUCCCCGGCGCCAACAACUUCGCCUCGCCGGGCUUCUACCCCGAAGUUGAGGAAGUUUUCUGCAGCGGCCAGAUUCGAUAUGCAGGUCAGGUAGUGGGCUUGGUGGUCGCCAAAAGCAGGGCGAUUGCCAUUCAGGCUGCUGGUCUCGUCCAAAUCCAGUACAACAAUGCAAACGCUGAGAAACCAAUCCUCAAUGUGAAAGAUGUGAUUAAGAUGGUUGGAGACCGGACUCGCGUGGUCCAAAGGAAGAAGCCCAAUAAUAAGAAAACGGGAAAGGAAAAUGAAGUGAAACCAAAAGCAGCCUACACCAUUACUGGCUCCUUCGAGAUUGGAGCGCAGUACCACAUGCACAUGGAGACGCAAACGUGCAUUGUGGUGCCCGUCGAGGACGGACUUGACGUUUACUCUGCCACUCAGUGGAUCGACUUUACGCAGCAGGUCAUUUCAGAAGUCCUCAACAUUCAACAAAACAGAAUUAACGUGACUGUGCGCCGACUUGGCGGAGCGUACGGCGCAAAGAUUUCUCGUCCAGCUCAGAUUGCUGCCGCCUGCGCCUUAGCUGCUGAUAAAUUGGGCAAACCAGUUCGCAUCGUCAUGAACUUGGGAAGCAACAUGGAAGCCAUGGGAAAACGACUACCUUAUGUUCACAAUUACGAAGUUGGAGUUGACGUGAAUGGGAAAAUCGAGUACAUCAACUCGGUGUGCAACAUGGACUGCGGCUACACCCCGAACGAGUCACCCUUUGAUGUGCCCUUGCGCUUCCCGAACUGCUACGAAGCAACCAACUUCAACCUGGACCUGAAACCAAUCAGAACGGACAAGGCCGCAAACAUCGCGACCCGCGGCCCUGGCACCACUGAGGGGGUCGCCUUCAUCGAGGAGAUCAUGGAGCGAAUCGCCCGCGUGACCAAACUGGACCCGCUGCAGGUGCGUCUGAACAACAUGCCGCAGAUGGACAACCCCCUGAUCAACAUGAUCAACGACUUGAAAUUGACCGCCGACUACGACACGAGAAAGGCCAACGUGACUGCUUUCAAUGCGGCGAACCGUUGGAAGAAAAGAGGCAUGGCGAUUGUUCCUCUGAAGUACGUGCUAUUUUGUUUCGGAAAUUUCAGUGCCAUGAUUUCCAUUUACCACGGCGACGGAACCGUUUCUGUCACGCAUGGAGGAAUCGAGAUGGGGCAGGGAAUCAACACUAAAGUGGCCCAAGUGGCGGCGCACACCCUGGGAAUACCCCUUAGCAAAGUUUCCGUCAAGCCCACCAACUCGGCUGUAGCAAACAAUGGAACGACCACUGGCGGAAGUGUUGGCAGCGAGAAUGUUUCCUACGCUGUGAUGAAAGCCUGCCAGAAAUUGGUGCAGCGUUUGGAACCCGUUCGCCAGGGCAUGGGUGGCGACCCGACCUGGGAACAGGUCGUCCAAGAAGCGUUUAUGCAAACCGUCGAGCUCAAUGCCACCCACAUGUUCACUCCAGGACAGGAAAUGUCCGAGUACAACAUUUGGGGCGCGGCGAUCGCAGAGGUCGAAGUGGACAUUCUGACCGGCGAACGCCAGGUGCUUAGAGUUGACAUCAUCGAGGACGUGGGACAGAGUUUGAGUCCGUUGGUGGACGUGGGACAAAUUGAGGGCGCCUUCGUUAUGGGCAUGGGCUACUGGCUCUCCGAGGAGAUCAAGUACGACCCCACCACGGGACGACAGCUUAACACCAGAACCUGGAAUUACAAGGUUCCGGGGGCCAAAGAUAUCCCUGCGGAUUUCAGGAUUAAUUUCCGCAAAAACGCUGCCAACCCCAACGGUGUCUACAACUCGAAAGCUACUGGUGAGCCUGCACUAAACAUGAGCAUCGUUUGCUUCUUCGCGUUGAGGGAAGCUUUGGAAUCUGCUCGCAAGGACGCGGGAGACACUUCAGAUUAUUACGAGAUAAAGCUGCCUUCGACUGUGGAAACUACGGCUAUGUCCUCCUUGACUGACCCUAGUCAAUUCACGUUUAACUAAACAGGCGCAUUAUAAUAUCUGUCAAUAAGAGAAUAUAAUAAACCUAUAAUAAUAAUGGUGUGUAUUAUUAACUGGAAAUAAAAUUUUAUUUCUUA